AUGGCUACUGCAGUGGGCUGCAGAUUGCCACUGUGCCUCUUGGUACUUGGAGCAGCGUGCCUGAUACAUGUCACAAACUCCCGAGAAAUCAGCCGCCGCGACGGUGGCGACCUAGAAGCGUCGGAAUCCGAUCUAGUGGCUGCAGAAUCCCAUCACGACCAUCACUGGAAGAAAGGUGGUGGUGAUGAACACCACGAACACCACCAUCAUCACCAUGGGCACAAGGAUGACAAGGGCUACAAAGGACAUCAUCAUCACGAACACGGUAAGAAGGGCCACCACGACAAAGAGGGUCACAGUGGUCAUCACGGCGAACAUGGCGGACAUAAAAAACAUCACCAUCACGAUGAUGGUUAUCAUCAUCACCAUCAUAAGGGUGAAAAGGGCGAAAAAGGGCACGGGUACGGUGAAAAGGGCCAUUAUAAAAAGGGACACUCAACCAAGGGACACCACGAGAUUCACAAACUGGACGAGUACAAGAAACACAAAGAUUUCUACGACGAACAUCACGACGAGGGUCAUCAUAGCAAGCAUGGUGGUCAUCAUCAUGAACAUCACCACAAGAAGGGAGGCCAUCACAAGGGAGGCCAUCACCAUUCGGGACAUCAUGACCACCACCACGGCAAGAAGGGUCAUCAUGAGAAGGGACACCACCAUCAUGAUCACCACGGUCACCAUGGGGGCGGCGGCCAUGAACAUCACCAUGGACACCAUUCGGACUACGGCAAGAAGCAUGACCAUGAAGACCACAAACACUGGGGUUACCAUCAUGGACACGGCAAACACGGCUAA